GUUUCCGCCGUGCCGCUCCUCCAUCCUGGCACUUGUCUCCAUCCUGGUCCCUGUGAAGUGCCCGGACCCAAAACAGGAAGCUGAGCAUGAACACAGGAGAUGUCUCAGGUGCCGUGACUCUAGACUCAGUCAAUUCUGUCACUUUCACCCAGGACACUGAUGGCAACAUCAUCCUGCACUGCGCUCAGAACGAUGAUGGAGGUUUGGGGUCGGAUGAGGAAGCCGAAUCUAUUCCCAAACGACUGCGGUUGUCCAAAGAGGAGACUGAAGACUCCCCUGCCACUCCCUCCGGCUACUCUGUGCUCGCACUUCCAAUUUCAGAGAGUGAUGAGAGCUUUGAGGUGACAAUGACUGCUACAGAGAUGAAGGAUGAGCUGGAAGAGCAGCAGACUGAAGAAACACAGGACGAGAACUCGUCCUCCCCACGGAAAACCAGCGAUGUGUCGGCAGUAAGUCAAGCCUGGUUUACUACAAAAGAGGACAAGGACACACUAGUGAACAAAGGUCACAAGUGGAAACAGGGUAUGUGGUCAAAGGAGGAGAUUGACAUAUUGAUGAACAACAUAGACAACUACCUCAAGAACCGGGGGAUCCAGGACCCCACAGAGAUCAUCUUUGAGAUGUCAAAAGAGGAGAGGAAGGAUUUCUAUCGCAGUAUUGCCUGGGGUUUGAAUCGCCCCCUUUUCGCGGUAUACAGACGCGUGCUGCGAAUGUAUGACAAUCGCAACCAUGUAGGCAAAUACACUCAAGAAGAGAUUGAAAAACUGAAAGAGCUCAGACAGAAGCAUGGAAACGACUGGGCCACCAUUGGGGCAGCUCUUGGCCGCAGUGCCUCAUCAGUGAAGGACCGCUGUAGACUCAUGAAGGACACCUGCAAUACAGGUAAAUGGACAGAAGAAGAGGAGAGGAGGUUAGCGGAGGUGGUGCAUGAACUGACAGGCACUAAAGCGGGUGAUGUGGUGACUCAGGGCGUUUCGUGGGCGUCUGUGGCUGAUAUGGUCGGCACGCGCUCGGAGAAGCAGUGCCGCUCUAAAUGGCUCAACUACCUGAACUGGAAACAGAGUGGAGGCACAGAAUGGACCAAAGAGGAUGACAUCAACCUUAUCCACAGGAUAUUUGAGCUUGACGUGGAAGAUGAGAAUGACAUUAACUGGGAUCUCCUGGCUGAGGGGUGGAGCAGCGUUCGCUCACCUCAGUGGCUCCGCAGCAAAUGGUGGACCAUUAAAAGACAAGUGGCUAAUCACAAAGAACUUCCCUUUGCUGUCUUGUUGAAAGGACUGCAGGAUGUUGUGGAGGCUCCAUCAUCUACAGUGAAUAAGGUGGUGGUGGUGGGUUCUCGCUCUGCUAACGCCUCUCCCAGCCCUGUCACGGCACUGCAAAUCCCCGUCCAGAUCCCUGUGCAGAUCACACAUGUCUCAUCUUCAGACAGUGCGAGUGGUACCUCUGAAAGUGGGACAAUCACGCUGAACUCUGGAGCUCUGCAAGCCUUUGAACUGCUACCAUCCUUCCACUUGCAGCCCACGGGCACUCCCGGGACCUAUUUCCUGCAGACGGGGUCCAAUCAGAGCCUCCCCCUCACGCUCACGGCUAAUCCCACUGUGACACUCACCGCCGCAGCAUCGCCAGGCUCCCCAGACCAAAUCAUCUUACACAGUCUCUCUGCGGACAGUCUGAGUGAGAACGUUACAGUGCAGAUGUCUCACCCUGGCAUCAUCAUCCAAACUGUGACCUCGGAGGACCUCGCCGACCCUCUCAACCAAUCAGAGUUGGCUGCGGAGCAGGACUUGGCCAAUGAGGAGACUGCUGAGAGCACAGAACACUCAAAGCAGGAGGGGGAGUCUAGUGAGCCAAGCUCAAAAGCCAUAACAGACAAGGCUCAGGGAUCUAAAGUGAAGGAGGGGAAUUCUGGAAUAGGUGAUGGUGCUGUGCUUAUCGUCCCAUCUCCUAGCAGCUUCAUCCCAAGCAGCGACAUCACCACAGACUCCGUCCUUCCUGUCGGAACACUGACAGAUCCCAUUCUUCAGAACCAGGAAGAAGGCUCAGACUAAGAGCUACUCUUGGCCUGAGGAGCUGUGUGGUGAACGUUGUGAAAUAGAGCCAUAGAUCAGUUACAACUCUAGUCCAGUGCAGGAGAACACAGCAUAUUGUUUCUGGAUGAGCAACCUGCCAUUCUUAAAACAUCCUGCCGGUGUAGAAAUGUUGUAGUUGGCAAGCAUUAAGUGCUAAUGUAAAGGCUUUGUAGCUUUCCACUGACCACGUGCCCAGGCAGUUGGUUUAAGGUAGGAGACAAAUAUGGUAAGCUGUUUAAAUGAAACCUCGGUUUCAUACAGCCUUGUGCAUUACUGAAUUAGCUACACCUUGCCAUAACUGAUUCUGUUACCCAUGAAAGGGUGUUGGGUGUCACAAACUGACUCUGUUUGUUUGUUUAUUUGUUUUUAAACAUUAUGAGCCAAUUCUCACAUCAUGAGCAAGACUGUGGGGCACGCGUACAAACAGGUUACUUGUAUGCAUACCUGUAUUGAUCUGUUCAGCAGUAUAGUAUCUGUACAUUUGUCAUAAUUCAGUCGAAUUGGACAUGAAGGUACAACCAUAGAACACAUUUUUUAUUCAUUUAAACGUAAAUUCUUACACUGUUUUGGAAUAUAACUAUUUUAAAGUAUUUCCGAAUACUGUUCUCCCACUUAUUAUUCCUGUUUUAUGAACUUUGUCAAGAUGCACUGGUUCCAUGUUCGGGUGUAGUACCAGGAUGUUAGCCAAACUCUAAACGUGUGCAAGUCUGGACAGCUGUUAAUUUAUAAAAGGGUUACGUUUUCUUUUGUAUGUGAGUUUCUGCGUUUGUGUUUAUUUAUUGAAUAAACAAAAUGUUAUUCACCGUG